AUGUACCAGUACUCCGACUUCCCGUGGCCGGAGAGCGUGACGGAGGAGUUCCCGAGCCACCGCCAGGUGGCGGCGUACCUCGACGCGUACGCGCGCCACUUCGGCGUGCUCAGCUGCGUCCGCUUCGGCCACCGGGUGGUCGGCAUGGAGUACCACGGCAUCGGCGAGCAGGCCAUGGCCGCGUGGGAGGAGUGGGCUGGGAACGACCAGGCGUUCGGCUCCGGCGCCGGCGAGUGGCGGCUGUCGGUGGCCGACGCCGACGGCCACGUGGAGACACACAAAGCAGACUUUGUCGUUCUUUGCAUAGGGAUGUUCAGUGGUGUGCCCGACAUACCCACAUUCCCAGCAGGUAAAGGCCCAGAAGUAUUUGAUGGGCAGGUGAUCCACUCCAUGGAUUAUGCCAAAAUGGGCACAAGUAAAGCUAAGGAGAUGAUCAGGGGCAAGCGUGUGACUGUCGUUGGCUACAUGAAAUCUGCACUUGAUAUUGCCACUGAAUGUGCUGAAGUAAAUGGCACUGCUCACCCAUGUACAAUGGUGAGGUGGGCGUUCUAUAAGUUGGCCGACAGCUACUACUCCAUCCCAAUGAAGAAGCACGGCAUGGUGCCUGACCACAGCCUGUUCCAUGCGCUGGCUGCGGCCAUCAUCUGCGUCACGCCCAAGGACCACUACAAGAGGCUGGAAGAAGGCAGCAUCAUGCUCAAGAAGUACAAGACAUUCAGCUUCUGCAAGGAAGGCGUGCUCGUGGAGGGCGAGCCGUUGCCGGUAAAGAGCGACGUGGUGAUCUUCGGCACCGGGUUCAAGGGCGACGAGAAGAUCAAGGACAUGUUCACUUCAGAGUACUUCCGGAACGUCGCGAUUGGGUCAGAAUCCACUACUGUGCCUCUCUACAGCUUCAGACUACUGAACGUCGCGGCAAUGCAGAAGGAUGUGCUCGAAUGGGAGAAGUACAUGAAGAGAUACUGUGGAAGAUACUUCCGCCGGUCCAGCAUCAUGAUCAUGAACACUUGGUACAACGACCAGCUCUGCCGUGACAUGGGGUGCAAUCCUUGGAGGAAGAAAGGGUUCUUUUCGGAACUGUUUGAGGUCUAUGGCCCUGGUGAUUAUGCUAACCUACUCUCCAACUCCAAGUCCAAGGAACACUAG